AUGGACAAGAGCGACAGCACCGAUAGCGAUCUCGCCAACUCUAACUGCACCGACUCGGCGUUGGAAUGGGCUAUGAUCAUCAUCACCAUCAUCGCCAUCAACGUGACCUGGUGGUUGCUUGAACUUCCGCUACUGUGGACCCAUGGCGCACAGAUGUACUUGAACUCUGUCAUGUGGCAGUGCUUUCGUACCUAUAUGCCAUGCUGCGCCGCCAUAUACGCCCUCAGUUACGCCAGGACAACACAAGAAGAGCCAUAUAUAUACUAUAUUGGCCCGUUUUACGAUGUAUUGAACGCUUCGAACCAGGACCAGACCCCGAGUCAGAGUCAGAGUCACGACAUGACGGCGAGAGGAGACAACGAACCGGAGUCUCGAGAGGUGCAACCUCCAGCCACUCGCGGCUUAAGCAAGUUUCAGCUCAUCAAGUCCAUCUUGAUUGACUCGCUCUCGAUCGUGGCCACAGGUCUUACCGUCAACACUGCGGUGCAUCUUCCCGUCGGCAACACGUCGGGCGUUGCCGUAUCAACUUGGGUGUAUCCCUCCCUUCCAGUCGCAGUGAUUGGUCUCUGGCUGCUUGUUUGUGGUACAUGGAUUCGCUGGAGCCGCAGAUGGACCAUAUGGCUCGGUAUGCUGGUUGUCAUCGCGGUCGGCGCUGCGCUCAUCACCCCCGUUGCUGUGCUGUCCCCUGCCGGGAAGAAGAACAAAAUCUGGGGCGCAGCCAUUAUCGCUUACGUUCUCGUGGGUCUCCCUCUUCUGGCGAGUCGAAGUUCUGCGCUUACUGCAUUUCCCAUUGUGGCCAUUGGACUUGCGGGCCGUGUUGGCGGUGUUGGUGUUGGUGCGAUAUCAAAGGCAGCAUAUUUUCCGUAUUGCCAGCUACAGCAUAAAGCGUUUGGUGUCAUCUACCUCGCCGUGGGCGUACUGGGGGGCUUGCUUGCAGUCGUGGCAUGGUUCCGGUACAUUUGGCGGCUAGAUCCUACGACAAACCCGAGAAACAAGAGGAUAGGGAGUUUCACGGUCUAUGUCAUGGGCGGAAAACGUUGGGGAGCUGGCAGAAGAGGAGGGGAUCAGUAUGCUGCUCCGUUUCCAGAGAGGGAUGGUGAGGGCCAUUAUUACCAGCAAUCGCAGAUUGCACGAGCCUACUGA